AUGGAGUCGGAGACCCCCCUUGCUCCCACCCGCGCCCUCACCAGGGGCAGGGGCCUGACCUCGGUCAUGCUCGAGCGCAAGCUGGUCACCCUCCGCCAGGUGACCGCCAUCCGCAAGCCGUGCGGCCUCUGCAUCAAGGGUCUUGAGAUCGCCACCGUGACCGGCGACCUCGAGGUCAUCGUCCGCAAGGCCAAGUUCAAGGUCGGCCAGUGGGUCCUCUACUUCGAGGUGGACAGCUUCAUCCCGUCCUCGGCGCUCAAGGCCACCUGGACCAUGCGCCACAUCCUGACCACCUUCGACGGCGAGAAGGGAUACCACGUCAAGACUCGCGUGGUCGGAAAGCACACUUCCCAGGGUCACCUCAUGGCGAUCGAGGACCACUCCCUUGUUCUUCGCAUUGUGAACAUCAUGCGGGAGGAGUACGGUCCGCAGGAGGGCCUCCGCGUCGCGUCCAUGAUGGCGUUUGAGGACGCGAUGGGCGUCAAGAAGUGGGAGCCCGAGGAUGAUUCUGACACCCCGACCCCGUCUUCUCCAGGUCGCUAG